AUGGAAUUGGAAAGGCGGGAGAGCGAUUGGCCCGUAGGGUUAUACGGUCUGCUGUCCACCUCGACGGGAUGCCCUGAGAGUGAGAACCAUGGAUGGACGACCACCUUCAUCAACCUCACCUACGUUGGCAACAACAGCAGCGACGGUAGACAAACGUGGACCAACAACCUGCCCCUGCUGGGACCCUACCAUUACCGGACCAUUCAGCUGAACCUGUGUGUGAGAAUGGAGGAUGAGGGGGGUGGGGGGAAGAUUGUUGAGGCAGGCAACGUUUCCCGUCCCACCUGGCCCCGGGGGUCCUACUGCCUGGUGAAGGUCGUCCCGGGGGAUUGUCCUACAGAUUUCCGCUACGACGCCAUGACACUUGCAAACUACGCUGUGACGACAACAGACAGAGACGCCGCCAUCCUUGUCGACUUUUCAGCAGAUACGUUGUCCUUCAGUCUGGGUCUAUGCUGCAGGGACGACGAAGACCCGAACAACGCCUUCCACCUUCCAACAUCGUCGGCGUUCCUGUUACUCCAGGUGUGCCCGCGUUACGAACACCAAUGUCUAGAUCUGCUAUGCCUGCUUAUAUAUGGUUGA